UUUUCUUCGUUACUUUUUAUUAUUAUUAUUCUAUCUUUUUUUUUUUCUUUCUUUUAUAUAUCUAUACAUCAGUUUUGGUCAAUUCAACUUCAUUGUAUACUUGGACUUUACAAUACAUGUCAACAUCUUUAUCUGUUGUGAAAACGAAACGAAAAGUUAGCUGUCUUCCUUGUCGAUUAAAGAAAGUCAAAUGCGAUGGUGAACAACCAAAACCAUGUCAAAGGUGCCUACGACGAAAUAUGGGUGAACAAUGUACUUAUGUCAAGACAGGUCAAGUGGGUCGUCCUCCAAAGAAUGCAGUUGUUAACAAACUUAUUCUCAACCGUCCUCGUCAACAUUCUAAAACAUUUUGUAAAGAAUUCAUCUUUGAAAAUAUUGCGUACAGCUUACCAACGGACAUCAAGUUUUUCGACAAUGACAAAUUCAUGGACCUCAACAAUUUUAUCGACUCUUUCCGUAUGAAGGACGAAGCCAUUAUGCAACUAGCCAUUGUACGAUUAACAAAAGCUAUUCCUUGUUUGCCUGAUAUUGUGAUGUACGACAUUUUGGAACUCUACAGUUGGGCUAUCUCAGAAGUAGUUAAUGUCAUUGUAAGCAAGAUAAGCAUAGUAACUCUUGAGAACUUUGGAUACUUUGACUCUAUUGCUGCAGCUGUCUUUCAAGAUAUGGCUCUCAAGUUCUUCAGCGAACCUGCUCCUCAGAUUCCUAUAGGCAAUCCUCUCAGUACUUUAUCUUCUCAACAAGCCAUUCAUCUGAUCGAUACCUUCUUUUCCAUAAGCCCACAUUCUAUAUUACUCAACAAAACACUAAUACUACAAGGUUACUGGACUGACUCAUUAGAUCCGUGGUUACUGUGUGUGAUAUAUGGAACAACUACCUACCUGACAAGACUUUUGGAUGGUCAACCUGUACGACUCUGGGAAGCUACCAAUCGAGAUAUCCGAAAUCCCUUUUUGGAUUAUGCUUAUUUUAUGUUACAAAGAUCAUCUUCUACUGUGUCGUUUGCCAAAUUUCAAGCCGCUACUUUAUUGGGUCUUUUUGAAUCAAUGUUUGGUCAUCCAAAGCGUGGAAUGAGGGUUCUUGGGCUAGCCUUUGCCUUUGGAGGAAAUCUUGGUGUUACUAAUGGUUCCUUUCAAGCGGAAAAUAGUGACAUUGAUACUGAAUUGGCAAACGUUACUUUUUGGGCUCUUUUCGUCAGUUCUGCACGUGGAAGUGUUGAUCUCGGUCAUGUACCUCAUUUUUCUGACGAUGAACUCUCUGUUACACUUCCUCCUUCAACCAUUGAACGGUCACCAUCUUACCAAUUUGAAGAAUCAAGUGGGAAUGUUCGAUCUCUACGAUGUUACUAUCAUGUGGUGGAAACGUUUUAUAUUCAAUCGGUGCUAUGCAAAUAUACAUGUUUGAUGUUACGUCAAUUUCCUGAACUCAAAUUCAACUUGUAUAAAAAGGGUCGAUCCAUCAAUAGACAAACAGGACUUCCGGAUCCAAUUGAUUUAGUACCAAGAUUACGACAAGUGUUACAGGAAUUCUACAAUUUUAUUGAAGACAACAAGAAAGCAUGGUCAAUACAACAAAUCUAUACAAUUGAAAUGGCAUGGUCUUUGUAUGAUAUUCAUCUUACCUUUACGAAGAAAAUUGGACCAUUUGUAGAAGGUGUCAAUUUUACAAACUCGACUUACGAUAUUUUCCAAGAUAUACCACUGACGGCAGAUGAUGAAUUGUCAAAAACUCGUGUGCAACAAGUUCUUCCAAGGAUAUAUCAAGUAUUGGACAAAACUAACGACUUUUUAUCAGAUCCUGACAAUUAUAGACGGAAAACAUCACUCAUACCUCGUGGACUUAUUGUUACUGUGCUGGAAACCUGUUUUGAAAUAUUGUUUUUAGGGCUUACUAUGAAUCCCAAUGACAAAGUGAUUUAUGAUUAUAUGGAAAUGGUGAAACAAAUUACAGAAAUGAAUAUAUGGAUUGAUUGGUCAACGAUUGAUACUGUGCGAAACAAGGUCAAGGCAUAUCUUAGUUCUUACAACUUCCAAUCCAAUGAUUCCUCUGAGACACCGACAAUAUAUCUUGAUGACGGUAGUAACUCUUUGUUAAAGGCGAGUUUUGGAACACCCUCAUCACCAAGUGUUGGAUCCACUUGCGACGGUCAUUCGAUGGAGACAGAGCUUGGUAUAGAAAAUGAUAUGAAAAUGGUGGCCUUCUUUGAUCCUUGUGCAACAUGGCUGGACCCGAUGACUGUGGUGGAUCUGAAACUCUUGGACAACAAUGGAUUCUCAACUAUAUCGCAACUAACCAGUAAUGAGAAAUUGAAUAAAAAAAACAAUCAUCCAUCACCGAACGACAAUACGACAUUUUUCGAAGAAGUACCCAACAUUAUUGUGGAACCGGCUUAUUUAUCUGAUCACCAUUUUGACGUUUAUAACGACAAUUCCAUCAUAUCAUCACGCACAGAGUCUUCUUCUUUUGAUAGCUUCAACGGUAACGACAGCGCGUUAUAUAUGUCAGAAAAUUCUACCGUAGGUGUCCCAAUCACAACUGCAGAUAAUAUGGUUUAUGGAACUCUUUUUGAUCAAGAUCCUUUCAUGUAGAUAGAUAUACAUCUCCCUUGUAGUUUAGUUUGUACCAUCAUCAUCUUUUUUUUUAUAUAUUUAUUUGUAUCUUUUAAUAAACAGCCUUUACUGGAAUUUGUGCAAAAUUAAAA